GAGCCCGAGGAGCAGCAGCGGCGGCAGAGGCAGCGGAGGCAGCCCCCUUCCCUCCUCCUGGUUUCCCGCUCGCCGGCGCGGUCCUAAAGGAUUUAUCCUGGAUGAAGCUGGGGUGGCGGUGGUGGUCGUCGUCGUGGUCGUCGUCUUUGUUCCCGGGGGGCUCUGGCCAAGAGAGAGCCUUCAGCUGACAAGAUCAGCAUUUGGAGAUGACAACCAAAAGGAAAAUUAUUGGCCGACUGGUGCCAUGCCGAUGUUUUCGAGGGGAAGAAGAAAUAAUCUCAGUGCUCGAUUACUCCCAUUGCAGCCUUCAGCAGGUGCCAAAGGAGGUUUUUAACUUUGAGCGGACAUUAGAAGAACUUUACCUAGAUGCCAACCAAAUUGAAGAGCUACCUAAGCAAUUAUUCAACUGUCAAGCUCUGCGUAAACUGAGUAUACCAGACAAUGACCUUUCAAGCCUGCCAACCAGCAUUGCCAGUUUAGUUAAUCUUAAAGAACUUGACAUCAGUAAAAAUGGAAUCCAAGAUUUUCCAGAAAACAUAAAGUGCUGUAAGUGUUUAACAAUAAUUGAAGCCAGUGUCAAUCCUAUUUCUAAGCUCCCAGACGGUUUCACUCAGCUUUUAAAUUUGACCCAGCUGUACUUAAAUGAUGCCUUUCUGGAAUUUCUUCCAGCUAACUUUGGAAGACUCGUUAAAUUACGAAUACUGGAAUUACGAGAGAAUCACUUGAAAACUCUACCAAAGUCAAUGCACAAACUGACACAGCUGGAGAGACUUGACCUAGGCAAUAACGAAUUUUCUGAGCUGCCUGAGGUUCUGGAACAAAUACAAAACCUAAAGGAAUUAUGGAUGGACAAUAAUUCACUCCAAACAUUACCGGGGCCUAUAGGAAGAUUAAAGCAGUUGGUAUACUUGGAUGUGUCAAAAAAUAGGAUAGAAAGUAUAGAUAUGGACAUAUCAGGAUGUGAAGCCCUUGAAGAUCUACUGUUGUCCUCCAACAUGCUACAACAACUGCCAGACUCAAUAGGGCUUUUGAAAAGGCUUACAACUCUAAAAGUAGAUGACAAUCAGCUCACAGUCCUGCCCAAUGCCAUUGGAAAUUUAUCUUUAUUAGAAGAAUUUGACUGCAGCUGUAAUGAACUGGAGUCUCUACCUCCCACCAUUGGCUACAUGCAUAGUCUGCGGACGCUAGCUGUAGAUGAAAAUUUCCUGCCUGAACUGCCUAGAGAAAUUGGAAGUUGUAAAAAUGUAACAGUUAUGUCUCUGCGCUCAAACAAGCUGGAAUUUCUUCCUGAUGAGAUCGGUCAGAUGCAGAAACUCCGAGUCUUAAAUUUGAGUGACAACAGAUUGAAAAAUUUGCCUAUCACUUUUACAAAGCUUAAAGAACUUGCAGCACUCUGGCUGUCAGACAACCAGUCAAAGGCUCUUAUCCCUCUUCAAACUGAGGCACAUCCAGAAACAAAGCAAAGAGUGCUGACCAACUACAUGUUUCCUCAGCAACCCCGCAGUGAUGAAGAUUUCCAGUCUGACAGUGAUAGUUUUAAUCCUACUCUGUGGGAGGAACAGCGACAACAACGUAUGACAGUUGCCUUUGAAUUUGAAGAAAAAAAGGAAGAAGAGGAAAAUGCAGGAAAAGUUAAGGAAUAUUGCACUUUGGAAGGUUUUUAUCCCCAGCGGCAUGCUACUUCUGAGGUUGAAAUAAACCUAAAGCGCUAUCCAACUCCAUACCCAGAAGACUUAAAGAAUAUGGUGAAAUCUGUUCAAAAUCUGGUGGGCAAAUCUACCCAUGGAGUGAGGCCUGAGAAUUCAACACCAACUGCCAGCUCAGAGCAAACUGUGAAGGAAAAAUAUGAGCACAAGUGGCCCAUGGCAGCGAAGGAAAUGUCAGUGGAGGAUCCUUUUGUACACCCUGUGAAUGAUAUGAGGAUAGGAGAACUUCGACCCUCAAUGGCUGAAGCACCAUUGUACCAACCUAAACUUGUUCUCUUGGGGAAAGAAAAAAAAGAGUCAACAGAUGAGUCUGUAGCAGAUAAAGUUCACUGCAUGAAUAACAGUGUUUCUUCAGGAACCUACUCAGACUAUUCACCUUCACAGGCUUCUUCUGGGUCUUCUAAUGCUCGCAUUAAAAUGGGGUCUUUGCAAACUACUGCUAAAGAUGCUGUGAACAAUUCUUUAUGGGGGAACAGGCUUGUCCAAUCUUUUCCUCAGCCCCUUGAGACAAAGCCUUUGCUCAGCCAACGGGAAUCUGCUCCAGCAGGAAACAUGCAGCAGCAUAAUGAUCGGCGUCCAAUGAGUGACACCUUUGCUGACAGCUGGAAUGAUGGCUCACACUAUGACAACACAGGAUUUGUAGCAGAGGAGAGCACGGUGGAGAACCCCAGCACUAACCCCCUCUUAAGCUCUAAAUCAAGAAGCACAUCUGCUCAUGGCCGCAGGCCUUUAAUUAGACAAGACAGGAUAGUUGGUAUUCCCCUUGAACUUGAACAGCCCACUUUGAGAAACACGCCUGAAUCAGAAGUGCCUCCAUCAAACCCUUGGCAGAACUGGACGAGAACCCCUAGCCCUUUUGAAGAUAGGACAGCCUUUCCUUCUAAACUGGAGGGCACCCCAAACACUAGCCCUUUACCUGAAAGGAAAGAACUUGUGAAAGACUCUCCUGAAAUAACUAGCACCUUUUCUCCAGGAACACAAUGGGAAUAUCAUGAUUCCAAUGCUAAUAGGAGUCUCAGUAAUGUGUUUUCACAUAUUCAUUGUCACCCGGAGCCUUCUAAAAACAUCAUUUCCAUCAGCAAGAGUACAGAAAGGCUUUCUCCAAUGAUGAGGGAUUUGAAGACUAAUAGAUUUAAAAAGUCACAAAGUAUAGAUGAGAUAGAUAUUGGCGCUUAUAAGGUUUAUAAUAUUCCACUAGAGAACUAUGCAGCUACUACUGACAAUGCAGGAAUGCAUGAAAGGUCAGAUAAAAUGAUGGGAACAGAACAUGGAAUGUCUAGUAUGUCUCGUAGCCAAUCUGUACCAAUGCUUGAUGAUGAGAUGCUGACCUAUGGAAGUGUUAAGGUCCAGCAGCAGCAAAAGCCUUCUGUGACUAAAAAGGUGUAUCAGUUUGACCAAAGCUUUAAUCCCCAAGGAUCAGUGGAAGUGAAAGCAGAAAAGAGGAUACCACCACCUUUUCAGCAUACUCCAGAAUACAUUCCCCAGCAGACUAAAAAUGUCUCCAAGGAUUUGGUAAGCCCAAGAGCCUACCGUGGAUACCCACCCAUGGAGCACAUGUUUUCUUUCUCUCAGCCUUCUGUUAAUGAAGAGACUGUAAAUACUCAGUACUCAAGUCAGGGAUCAAGGGCUGGGUUUUUGAGAAGAGCCGAUUCACUGGCCAGUUCAACAGAAAUGUCAAUGUACAGAAGAGUGAGUGAACCACACGAACUGCCACAAAGCGAUAGGUAUAACAGACAUCAGUAUAGAGGAGCUAUGGAACGCCAAAGCAGCAUGCAAGUGUCUGAAUCCCAGUUCCUCAAAAGAAAUGGCAGGUAUGAAGAUGAACAUCCUUCAUAUCAAGAAGUGAAAGCCCAGUCUGGAAGUUUUCCAGUUAAAAACCUUACACAAAGGAGGCCAUUGUCUGCAAGAAGCUACAGUACAGAGAGUUAUGGUACCUCCCAAACCAGGCCAGUUUCAGCUAGGCCUACAAUGGCAGCUCUGUUGGAAAAGAUACCAUCAGACUAUAACUUGGGUAACUAUGGUGACAAGCCGUCAGAUAACACUGAUAUAAAGACAAGGCCUACCCCUGUGAAGGGAAAUGAGAGCUGUGGUAAAAUGCCCGCUGACUGGAGACAACAGCUACUUAGACAUAUAGAAGCUAGAAGGUUAGACAGGACUGCUGCUUAUAAACACAACACUGUUAACCUUGGCAUGCUGCGCUCUGGAGGUUUGUCAGCAAUGCAUGCAGGCAGAAGCAUGACAUUAAACUUGCAGACUAAACCUAAAUUUGAAAACCAAAUGCAUCAAGAGCUACCUCUACCGAAAACCCCAUCACAACAGAGCAGCAUUCUAGACAAUGGACAGGAAGAUGUUUCAUCUGGCAGCCAAUGGAAUCCAUAUCCCCUUGGAAGGCGAGAUGUACCACCAGAAACUGUUGCUAAAAAGGCAGGCAGCCAUAUCCAGACUCUGAUGGGAUCACAAAGUCUACAGCAUCGGAGCCGAGAGCAACCGUAUGAGGGUAGCAUGAAUAAAGUAACCAUCCAGCAGUAUCAGCCACCACUGCCGAUACAGAUCCCUUCUCAGAGCACUCGGGCACCACAAGCGGGAAGAUGUGUGAUCCAGACUAAGGGGCAGAGGAGUGUGGAUGGCUAUCCAGAACAGUUUUGUGUGAGGAUAGAAAAGAAUCCAGGCCUUGGAUUUAGUAUCAGUGGAGGAAUAAGUGGACAAGGAAAUCCAUUCAAGCCUUCUGACAAGGGUAUCUUUGUUACUAGGGUUCAGCCUGAUGGGCCAGCAUCUAACCUGCUCCAGCCUGGUGAUAAGAUUAUUCAGGCCAAUGGACACAGUUUUGUACAUAUGGAACAUGAGAAAGCUGUAUUACUACUGAAGAGUUUCCAGAAUACAGUAGACCUAGUUAUUCAACGUGAGCUUACUGUCUAAAUAUUUUUUAUAAAUAGUAAAAUAUGCUUAGCCAGAUCUAAUGUUUAAUUAAAUAAAAAUUUAUAUAUAUAAUGUAUACAUAUAUAUAAAUAUAAGAAACAUUUUUUGCCAAUUGCUGGACCAAUGGCAAACAUAGUGCCAAAUGUAUAAUAUUAUAUGUUAGUACUGAUCAUUCUGGGGGAAAUAACUAUAUAAAUAUAAAUUCCAUGUGGUUAUGUAUUAGUUUUCAUUGUAAGCCUCUGGCUAUGCAUUGGUGCCAGCUGCUUUUUAAUAUUCAUUUAAAUUAUUUCUGGAUGUCAUAGAAUUUCAGAACACAGAAAUACCCACAAGCUCUACAAAUUCUGAUGUCCAUCCAAAACACUGCCUCAAAGUUGUAUAUACCUUUAGAUGGGAAGUUAUGUAAAAUUUAAAAUUCCCAUAAAGUCUGUCUCAUUAGGUAUAGGCCUCAAUCAUGCAUCCAUCCCCUCAUUUGAGUAUAAAUCUCUGCCUGUGCAGAGCCAUGUACACUGAGCCAUAGACAUUCCCUCCAACUUACUGAAACACCUCUGAAGCCACCCCACAUGGCCAUUCCAUGCUCUGUGGAAAGCAGGCAGGAUCCAAGGAGCAGCCCCAUAUGGCUACAUCCCCAUAGUGGCUACAUUUCCAUAGUGCGGUGAAAAAUGGUUAAAGUAGCACUAAGACCUCUGGGUGACUGCACUGGAUCUCAGUGCUGAUAUCACCAUUUCACAUCUGGGUCUGCAGAUAUAUAGCCAGAUGCUUUUCUCAUCCUGCCUGACCACUGCAAGGCAUAGAAUGGAGAAAAAAACUUUUAGAGAGCUAUGGAGGGAGGGAGGAAAUACCAAUACCUGCAGUGCCAAAAAAAAAGAGAACAUCUGUGCACCUGUACAUCCAAGGAAAACUUACGGGUGUGGAUAUCUGUAACAGAAUGCCAGCCAUAGCGAAAAAGAUUUUCCUAGACACUUAGAAGAAGAUAAAAUAUACAAAUUAGAGGUGCAAACUUACUUGGUAUGUGAACUUGAUGGGACUUCUAUUCUGAAGAAAUAUAUAAAGGAUUGCACUUUAAAUCUAUUCUUUUCUUUUGCUUUGCUUUUCCACUGCAAAUGCACCUUAGAAAGGAGGGUUAAGAGAGAGGACAAAGAUGCUUCCAUGGGUAGACUGUUCAUGACUAAGAAUGCUUAUGUUCUUCCUUUCCAGUAUAUUUGUAUCACUAAAGCAGCAAACAGACAUAUAAACCAGUUUUCCCUGACUUGGUACUUUCCAGAUGUUUGGGACUACAUUUUCUGUUAUUCCUAGGCUAGCAAUCAUAACUAGUUGUCAGAGAUUAUGACAGCUGUAGUCCAACUCAAGCAGCAGGAAUAUCAGGUUGAGAAAGGCUAACCCAAACGAAUAACAGAGAUAGGCACAGCAGGUAAGAAACAUCUUUUUAAAAGAGCGUUUCUACACAGCAGUAGUCAGCUUGGCAAAUUAAAUGCCUGUUAGGGUUAAAAACCUUGACUAGGUUUAAUUACAAGGGAGUAUCUUUGACAUCUCCUGAUCACAUUCGUAGUUUGAAUCUUCCCAGCAGAUCUUAAGGAAAUGGCAGCCCAUGUGGAAGCAUGUGGUUCUUCUAUGGAUCCUGGAACCAAGCGAUAAAGGUAUUCCCUGACAGUUCUGUUUGGAAACAGUUCAGGUGUUGCAAAAGUCCUACAGUAUACUCCAGUUGACCAUUGCUUCCAUCCACAGAAGACCGCUACACAGGGAAAAGUAUCCCAUACAUAAAUGUAGCAGGUUCAGUUGUGUGACCAGCCUAUUUGAAAAAAUGAAGGCAUGUGGAAGAAAGCUAGGGACACAGCAGGUAUAAAGUUAUGGAAAUUGGCACAGGAUCUGCUGCAUAUAAGAAUUCUUGGAUCAAGGUUCCUGUUUAUAGCUGCUCCCUUCUAAAUAGCUAAAAUGUUAGCAUUAAAGGUGAGGCUGUUCAUAAAUAAAACCAUUAAUUCUUGAAUCUAUAAAUAAAUAGUCAAGACAACAUUGUCAGCUUGUUUUUGCUCAUGCUUUUAGCCCACUCACAUAGACAUGAGAAGCAGACAGUAAUUUUAAAUAGUAUUUAUUUUUUUAGUAUGAGCAGAAAACCUCUUUUCCAGUGCAUAGCUCUUAUUUCAAGUAUCCAAGCUUUAUAAUAAAACCCAUAUCUCACCAUUUGUGUACUUUCAGACUAAGAGCAAAGUGGCUCUUCGUUUUGUAAAGUGACAGAAUAAUGUUGUAUCUCAAUGCCAUGGAUGUUUCCAAAGGCAGUUCAACUAUUUAACAAAAGGAUCUCAGUCUGAAAUGACUCAUCAAUGAAAGAGACUGGAUAUCCCAAUUUGAGUAAAAGAUUAAUUAUGUAUAAAGUGAAGCAGACAUUUAUUAGUCCAUUUUUCCUGGGACUUUGUAGAGCUCCUAUACACAAUGCACAAUUGGUUUUAACAGCUGAGACCACCUGCAGAAGGUAUGGGGCAGAGAAGGCACCUGGUAUCCUCAUCAAGGCCUCCUUCAGAUCCCAGACAGGCCUUGUGCACUGCUCUU